AUGAUCCUGCGAUUCCGGUCCAAAAAGGGCACUCUUCGAGCGGAGGCCCAGCCCACAGAUCUCUUCGAUGUGGCGUUCAAGAAGCUCACUGAAGACCUGCCAGACAUCGAUCCCGCCACAAUCACCCUUGCCACGUCACCCACAGGCAAGCAGGAACCGGCCUCUCGUCUUCUGGGUAAAACCGUCCAGAAGCUGGGGCUUAAUCAUGGUGAUAUGCUGUUUGUCAGCUACACAGACUCGGCCCCACGAGCUGCUGUGGAGGCUGUGACGGCCGAAACCGCUCCCCAAAUGACCGCGGCACACAUUCGAGACGCCACCAAACAAUUGCCUGUCGAUGACUAUCUCGAGAAACAAGAUGGAAAGAUCAAGCGACAGCUAUCAGCACUCCAGCAGCGAAAGUUUGGAUCCAGAGGUAUGGGCGAAGACACUCUUCCAGUCGACCCCUGGGACGAGGAGUAUCUCAAGGAGCAGAAGAUUAAGCAUAUGAGCUACCAUGCCUACGUCAAAAAGCUCAAUUCGCAGGCGAACAAGAAGAAUGGAGGCGGAUACAUUGCCCCCCUGAAUGUGUCGGAUUUCGGAGUGUCCAAGAGCUGUACAGGAGCCCAUGCUCCCUGGCCCGAAGGAAUCUGUUCCCGAUGCCAGCCCUCGGCUAUUACUCUGCAAUCACAGCCUUUUCGAAUGGUUGAUCAUGUGGAGUUUGCAGAGUCAGGUAUGAUCAACAGCUUUAUUGAGCCCUGGCGUCAGUCCGGAACACAGCGUAUCGGCUGGAUGUACGGCCACUACGAACCCUACGAACUUGUGCCUCUCGGCAUCAAGGCUGUUGUUGAGGCAAUCUAUGAGCCUGCCCAGAGUGGUGAGUAUGACGGUAUCACCAUUACUGAAAUUACCCAGGCAGACGGUCAGCCUCAACCUCCUCAUAUUGCCACUGCCGAGGCGUGUGGACUGGUGCCUCUGGGCGUCAUUUUCACCGAUCUGGUUGAUGCUGGCAAUGGAGAUGGUUCUGUCAUCUGCAAACGACACGCGGAUUCGUACUUUUUGUCGUCUCUGGAGGUGGCAUUUGCUGGAGCCAUGCAGGCACGUUUCCCCAACAAGUCGCGGUGGUCACCAACGUCUGAAUUUUCGUCCAAGUUUGUCACUGCCGUGAUUUCCGGUAACCCCAAGGGCGAGAUUGAUGUAUCGUGCUACCAGGUGUCUGAGCAGUGUGAGGCUAUGGCCCGCGCAGAUCUCAUCGAGCCCAGCAUCAACCCGUCGGUGCUGCUGGUCAAGGAAGCUACAAAGACACGAUAUGUUCCCGACGUGUUUUACAAGAAGAACAACGAGUACGGACGGACGGUGCUCCAGGGAGCCAACCCACAGCUUCCUGUAGACUACAUGUUGGUUACACUGACCCAUGGCUUCCCCCAGGACCCCAGGCCUUUGUUCUCAUCCGGCCUGUCGUCUUUCCCUGUGGAGAACCGAGAGCUGAUUGGAGUGACCCAGAGCCCCCAGGCACUAGGAAAGGCUCUGGACUCUGGGUCUGCUGGAGGAGCUGUUUCCAACUUCCAUCUGUUGAGCUACAUUCAGUCCAUGGGUGUGCUAUCUGCUGAGGAGUUCCAGUUGUUGGCCAAGGUGGCUACGGAAAAGAAGGAUGAGGACGUGAGUCGGUUGGUUGCCAGUGAGGGCUGGAACAAUCUACUGUUGAUCAUCCAGUGA